CGAUAUACUUGCAAUCAAUUUACAGCCAGCGUGUAACCCAAGUCAUACUUUCAUAGUCGCAACGUCGGUAUAAUGGAAAAUUUUCAAUUUUCAAUUUACAACAAGCUCUACUCUACUUAAUACACUGCAAGUGUAAUACCCUGCCACUUUGAAGGAACCCUACGUUUUCGUGGAAGAAAAAGACAAAGAUUAACAAGGCAAUUUUGGGUUCGGAUUUUCACGCAGCUAAAGAUGCUUCCGCUCUCUUUGCUCAAGACUGCACAGGGGCAUCCCAUGUUGGUGGAGCUAAAAAAUGGAGAGACUUAUAACGGGCAUUUGGUGAAUUGUGAUACUUGGAUGAACAUCCAUCUUCGUGAAGUUAUCUGUACAUCAAAGGAUGGAGAUAGAUUUUGGAGAAUGCCAGAAUGUUAUAUUCGUGGCAAUACCAUAAAGUAUCUUAGAGUUCCUGACGAGGUUAGUUUAUUUUUUUCAUUGUUAUGAUUAAUAAUGCCUUUGUGUAGUAUUAUU